CUUUCCCAGCUUCCUCCCUGCAAGAGGGGGAAGGUGGCUUUCGUCUCCUCUGCAGGAGCUGCCUCAGUUUCCCUUCAGGGACCUGAAAGCUCAGUCUGAGUUGUGGUGCAGUGCAGCCCUGGUUCCUAGCAAGACUCAUCCACACUUGCCCAGGGAAUAUUUCUAUUCACCUGACUGUGUAUCAGAUUUACCGGUACAUCAGAAAAAUAUAUUUGCUUUUUAGAAUUUGCUAAAACCUCUCAUUAGGACAGACAGAACUUGGCAGAAGACAUAGGGACUUCUUUCGAUUUCUUGGAGGUGUCCUGAGAACAGAGAUGGAUGAGCAAGACUCAGCUGGGCGUGGAGCAGGAAGAGGCCAUUCCAUCCAAACUCUUAGCCAUGGCGGAUUCUGGGGAAAGUCUGUCCAAAGGAUCCUGGGUGAGGAGGACACCCUCCGCUCAGAUGUGCAGAGCCAGCAACUCAGGCGGCUUUGCAACCAGGAGGCCAAAGGACCCCGAGAGGUUUGCAACCGACUCUACCACCUUUGCCGCCAGUGGCUGAAACCAGAAACCCACACGAAAGCUGAGAUGCUGGACCUGGUGAUCUUGGAGCAGUUCCUGGCUGUGCUUCCAGCAGAGAUGGAGAGCUGGGUGAGGGAAUGUGGAGUGGAGACCAGUUCCCAGGCGGUGGCCCUGGCUGAAGGUUUCCUCCUGAGUCAGGCAGAGGAGAGAAAGCAGGCAGAGACAAAGCAGGGGAAGGAUCAGUUUCCAGAAAUGGGUCUGGAUUCCUCUGAAGUAGAGAGAACUCCAUUGGACUCCAGAGUAAGGCCACUGGGAGACCGAACGAUGCCAGCAAGACCUGUUUCUCCAUCUAUUCUUGGUGGCGAAGGGGAAGCUGCCCCUGUGGAAGCAGAGCAGGGUCCAUUGUGCUUUGAAGAUGUAGCUGUGCAUUUCACAGACGAGGAGUGGGCGUUGCUGGAUCCUGACCAGAUUGCUCUGCACAAGGAAGUCAUGGAGGAGAAUCGCGGGAUCUUGGACUCUCUCGUUGCAGGUGGUGAUGAAUUGGAGCGGAAGAACGAGGGAGACCACGACAAAAGCCACAGAGUGGGGAAGUCGUAUCCAUAUUCAGAGUGCAGAGAGAGCUUCAGUCAGAGCUCCCAUUCCACUUCAAAUCAAAGAAAUCCCCUUCAGAACAAAGCCUAUCAGUGCUUAGAAUGUGGAAAGAGCUUCAGACAGAGAAACAAGCUCACUGUCCAUCAGAGAAUUCAUACAGGGGAGAAACCCUAUCAGUGCCAAGAGUGUGGAAAGAGCUUCAGUCAAAAGGGCAGUUUAAUUUCCCAUCAGAGAAUUCAUACAGGGGAGAAACCUUAUCACUGCUUGGAAUGUGGAAGGGGCUUCAUUGACAGACGCCAGCUCACUGUCCAUCAGAGGAUUCAUUCGAGGGAGCAACCAUAUCAGUGCUUAGAAUGUGGAAAGAAAUUCACCCAGAGCUCCCAUCUCGCAACCCAUCACAGAAUUCAUACAGGGGAGAAACCCCAUCAGUGCUUAGAAUGUGGAAAGAGAUUCAUUGAGAAAGCCAAACUCACGAUCCAUCAAAGAAUUCACAGCGAGGUGAAACUAUUUCAGUGCCAAGAAUGUGGAAAGAGCUUCAGACACAAAGGCCAGCUUAAUGUACAUCACACAAUUCAUACAGGGGAGAAACACUAUCAGUGCCAAGAGUGUGGCAAGAGCUUCAGAAAAAAGAACAGUUUUGCUUCCCAUGAGAGAAUUCAUAAAGGGGAAAAACCUUAUCAGUGCUUGGAAUGUGGAAGGGGCUUCAUUGACAGACGCCAUUUCAAUGUCCAUCAGAGGAGUCAUUCGGGGGAGAAGCCCUAUCAGUGCUUGGAAUGUGGAAGGGGCUUCACUGACAGACGCCAGCUCACUGUCCAUCAGAGGAUUCAUUCGGGGGAGAAACCCUAUCAGUGCUUGGAAUGUGGAAAGAGUUUUACUUGGAAAACAAGUUUCACUUCCCAUCAGAGAAGUCAUACAGGGGAGAAGCCAUAUCACUGCUUGGAAUGUGGAAAGAGCUUCAUUCUCAGAGCCCUUCUCCGUGUCCAUCAAAGAAUUCAUACAGGGGAGAAGCCCUAUCAGUGCUUGGAAUGUGGAAAGAAAUUCACCCAGAGUGCCCAUCUCACAACCCAUCACAAAAUUCAUACAGGGGAGAAACCCUAUCAGUGCUUGGAAUGUGGAAAGAGAUUCAUUGAGAAGGCCAAACUCACGAGCCAUCAAAGAAUUCACAAGAGAAAACCAUUUCAGUGCCUAGAAUGUGGGAAGAGCUUCAGUCACAGCGCCCGCCUCACUUCCCAUCAAAGAACUCACAUUGGGGGCAAAUCAUACUGUGAUGUGUACAUUGCCUACCUCUUCCAGCCUUAUCUGACCCUAGAAGGGCAGAGAAGACGUAGGGACUUCUUUCGAUUUCUUGGAGGUGUCCUGAGAACAGUGAUGGAAGAGCAAGACUCAGCUGGGCCUGAAGCAGGAAGAGGCCCUUCCAUCCAAACUCUUAGCCAUGGAGGAAUCUGGGGAAAGUCUGUCCAAAGGAUCCUGGGUGAGGAGGACACCCUCCGCUCAGAUGUGCAGAGCCAGCAACUCAGGCGGCUUUGCUACCAGGAGGCCAAAGGAGCCCGAGAGGUUUGCAACCGACUCUACCACCUUUGCCGUCAGUGGCUGAAACCAGAAACCCACACGAAAGCUGAGAUGCUGGACCUGGUGAUCUUGGAGCAGUUCCUGGCUGUCCUUCCAGCAGAGAUGGAGAGCUGGGUGAGGGAAUGUGGAGCGGAGACCAGUUCCCAGGCGGUGGCCCUGGCUGAAGGUUUCCUCCUGAGUCAGGCAGAGGAGAGAAAGCAGGCAGAGCAGCAGGGGAAGGAUCAGUUUCCAGAAAUGGGUCUGGAUUCUUCUGAGGUAGAGAGAACUCCGUUGGACUCCAGAGAGAGGCCACGGGGAGACCGAAGGAUGCCAGCAAGACCUGUUUGUCCAUCUUUUCUUGGUGGCGAAGGGGAAGCUGCCCCUGUGGAAGCAGAGCAGGGUCCAUUGUGCUUUGACGAUGUAGCUGUGCAUUUCACAGACGAGGAGUGGGCGUUGCUGGAUCCUGAGCAGAGAGCUCUGCACAAGGAAGUCAUGGAGGAGAAUCGUGGGAUCUUGGACUCUCUCGUUGCAGGUGGUGAUGAAUUGGAGCUGAAGAACGAGGGAGACCACGACAAAAGCCACAGAGUGGAGAAGUCAUAUCCAUAUUCAGAGUGCAGAGAGAGCGUCAGUCAGAGCUCCCAUUCCACUUCAAAUCAAAGAAAUCCCCUUCAGAAGAAACCGUAUCAGUGCUUGGAAUGUGGAAAGAGCUUCAGGGAGAAAAACAAGCUCACUGUCCAUCAGAAAAUUCAUACAGGGGAGAAACCCUAUCAGUGCCAAGAGUGUGGAAAGAGCUUCAGUCAAAAGGGCAGUUUAACGACCCAUCAGAGAAUUCAUACAGGGGAGAAACCUUAUCACUGCUUGGAAUGUGGAAAGAGAUUCAUUGACAGACGGCAGCUCACUGUCCAUCAGAGGAUUCAUUCGAGGGAGAAACCUUAUCGAUGCUUUGAAUGUGGAAGGAGCUUCAGUCAGAGCACCCAGCUCACUUCCCAUCACAUACUUCAUUCCGGGGGGAAACCAUAUCACUGCUUGCAAUGUGGAAAGACUUUCACUUGGAAAAUAAGUCUCACUUCCCAUCAGAGAAUUCAUACAGGUGAGAAACCCUAUCACUGCUUGGAAUGUGGAAAGAGCUUCAGACAGAGAAACAAGCUCACUGUCCAUCAGAUAAUUCAUACAGGGGAGAAACUCUAUCAGUGCCAAGAGUGUGGAAAGAGCUUCACUCAAAAGGGCAGUUUAAAUUCCCAUCAGAGAAUUCAUAGAGGAGAAAAACCUUAUCACUGCUUGGAGUGUGGCAAGAGCUUCUUUCGAAGAAGCCAGCUCACUGUCCAUCAGAGAAUUCAUAUAGGCGGAGAACCCUAUCAGUGUUUGGAAUGUGGCAAGACCUUCAGGGAGAGAAGCAAUCUAACUGUCCAUCAGAGAAUUCAUACAGGGGAGAAACCCUAUCAGUGCCAAGAGUGUGAAAAGAGCUUCAGUCAAAAGGGCAGUUUAAAUUCCCAUCAGAGAAUUCAUACAGGGGAGAAACCUUAUCACUGCUUGGAGUGUGGCAAGAGCUUCUUUCGAAGAAGCCAGCUCACUGUCCAUCAAACAAUUCAUACCGGAGAGACACCCUAUCAGUGCUUGGAAUGUGGAAAGAGCUUCAGUCACCAAGGCCAGCUCAGUGUCCAUCAAAGAAUUCAUACAGGGGAGAAGCCAUAUCAGUGCUUGGAAUGUGGAAAAAAAUUCACCCAGAAGACCCAUCUCACAAUCCAUCACAGAAUUCAUACAGGGGAGACACCCUAUCAGUGCCUGGAAUGUGGAAAGAGCUUCAGUCACCAAGGCCAGCUCAAUGUCCAUCAAAGAAUUCAUACAGGGGAGAAGCCAUAUCAGUGCUUGGAAUGUGGAAAAAAAUUCACCCAGAGCACCCAUCUCACAAUCCAUCACAGAAUUCAUACAGGGGAGACACCCUAUCAGUGCCUGGAAUGUGGAAAGAGCUUCAGUCACCAAGGCCAGCUCAAUGUCCAUCAAAGAAUUCAUACAGGGGAGAAGCCCUAUCAGUGCUUGGAAUGUGGAAAAAAAUUCACCCAGAACGCCAAUCUCACAAUCCAUCACAGAAUUCAUACAGGGGAGAAACCCUAUCAGUGCUUGGAAUGUGGCAAAAGCUUCAGAAAAAAGCGCACUUUAACUUCCCAUGAGAGAAGUCAUACAGUGGAAAAACCCUAUCAGUGCCAAGAGUGUGGCAAGAGCUUCAGAAAAAAGAACAAUUUUACUUCCCAUGAGAGAAUUCAUAAAGGGGAAAAACCCUAUCAGUGCCAAGAUUGUGGCAGGGGCUUCAUUGACAGACGCUAUUUCAGUGUCCAUCAGAGGAUUCAUUCAGGGGAGAAACCCUACCAGUGCUUGGAAUGUGGAAAGAGUUUCACUUGGAAAAGAAGUUUCACUUCCCAUCAGAGAAGUCACACAGGGGAGAAGCCAUAUCAGUGUUUCGAAUGUGGAAAGAGCUUCAUUCAAAGAGGCCUUCUCAGUGUCCAUCAAAGAAUUCAUACAGGAGAGAAGCCCUAUCAGUGCUUGGAAUGUGGAAAGAAAUUCACCCAGAGUGCCCAUCUCACAACCCAUCACAAAAUUCAUACAGGGGAGAAACCCUAUCAGUGCUUGGAAUGUGGAAAGAGAUUUAUUGAGAAGGCCAAACUCAGGAUCCAUCAAAGAAUUCACAGCAAGAGAAAACUAUUUUAGUACCAAGAAUGUGGGAAGAGCUUCAGUCACAGGGCCCGUCUCGCUUCCCAUCAAAGAACUCAC